CUGAAAUUCUCACUCAGCGAGUUCCACCCUAUUCUUCAGUAUGGCCUUGAGAAUCCAUCAAUGUCGUCCAAACCCACUCCUCCAACAAGCAAAGCUCCAAGCUUGGCCCCUUCCCAGCGGUAACCACUUACCCUACAACAGCAGGCCCAGAACCCAAAUCCUCUGCACCAGGAACAAAAGCAGCUCUGGCGAUUCCAAUCUUGCCUCAGAUUUUGCGAUGCAAGUGUCGAGGAUAAACACCAAUCUGGCCCAGAAAGAGGAGGCAAUGAAGAAGAGCAGGGAAUUGCUCUUCUGCGAGCUCUGCAAGUUCUUGGAUUUGGAAGAAGACAAGGUGAAAAAGACGUGGAGCGAAAUGGAAUUGGAGGAUAAGAUGGUACUGGUUAAAGGGUUCGUGGAUGUGUGGGGUGCCAAUUUCCACCCUUUAUCUGCUAGGUGUGUUAAGGAAUUGAUUGAAGAGCACAUACAGGAACAGAAGGAUUCGAGUUCUGAGUUAUCUUCUGCUUUCUUUCCCGGGUUGAGGAGGUUGAUGGGAUUCGCUACAGAAUAAGCAGGCACAGAAUGCUGUUUUCAGGUAACACCUUGAUUUGUAAUUGUGCUAAGUAACAAUGGCGAAUAGGACUAGGUGGAGUAGGAUUUGCUACCACAUUUUUUUGGCUUCCGUUGAGAAGAUUGCGGUCGUAGAUGCUGCUUCUGCACUGUCUUGUAUUAGGUUUUGAAAGACUGCAGCUUUUUUAGUGAUGCCUCAACUAUGCACUCAAUAAUUCAUUGCCUUGUGGUGUCGGUAGACAUCUUGAGUACGUCAAAUUUCAAUUUGCAUAAGAAUUGUAUGGAUCUGGCAUUUGUAUUCCUUGUUGUUUCCGAUGGCUGUAGAAUUCAUUCUCCAAUGUGGGAAGGUUUGGUUGCAGUCAUGAAUCACGUAACUUCCUUCCAAUACCUCCAAGUAACAGACUGCUUUUUUUCCAUGUGGAUUGCAGACAGCAGCAAAUUCCAUGAUCGUUUAGCAGAAGAAUAAUGUAUAUGGUCUUGGUUUGGUUUGGUUUGAUCUGUGAGAGACGUAUGCAUCAAGAAGAGAAACAAGGAGUGAAGUUAUGAGUUUACACAGUUGGAGGGACUACCUGUCUGUCUAUUACGAGACUUUUCUUCCUCGUUGUCGUUGUGGGUUGCCGCAGGGAACACGACAGGCAAUCGGGCAAGAAGCGAAUAGAAGAAGAGGAGAAACAGUUACCAUUGUUAGUGGAAUCUAUCUGUAGCUUUGAGGAAAAGUUCCUCUGGUCAGCUUUUUCGGUUAGGAGCAAUCGGACAUGUACAUGAUUAAACUCUCCUGUUCCAGGACGAUGACCUUCCGAUUCCGUCAUCUUCUCUGUUUGUUUCCCGCCUUCCAUGGCCUGUAUUGAGUCAUCUUCUCAUUCUGAAACUCAUGCUUUUGCUUGCUAAAGGGUAUUUGCGUUUACUUAUUUCACAUGGCAUGGCACCAUUUAUGAACAACUCAAACCAAACAGAUCCUAAAAACAAUACAGAAGCAGCACUUUUUUAACUGCAGUUAGCCAGCCAUAGAGCUUCAUUUGACAAUUCAAAUCUACCAAGAAAAGAAAAACUUAAUG